UGAUCUCAUUCCCCGGCAACGGAUCCACUGAUCGUCACAUGUCCACCGUGCCAGCUCUCCAAGAUCUCUCUCAAUCUCAACCUUCGCUUUCUCUCAUUUCGCAAUAUACGCUCGGUCUUUGCUGUUGACUCUUGGGCAUCUCAUGAAACAGUAUUAACUCCACCGAAACCCAUCCACACAAUGGAUUCGCUCUUACUCUACAUCCUCACGUUCAAUUGCGCUCGAAACCCUGUCGAUGUCGACCGCUUCUCCCGCCAUUUCUUCGAUGCCUUACCCCGCACCGAUGGUUCCAGCUCGCCCGCAGCCCCGGAACUCAUCGUGCUCUCCCUGCAGGAAAUAGCUCCUAUCGCCUAUGCCUUUCUCGGAGGCUCGUUUCUAACGCCAUACUUCUCGGCUCUGACACAGGUGGUGGAUCGCGCAGUUGCCCAAUACUGGGAUGUCCAUUACGUCAAUCUGGUUACCGACAAUUCCGGGAUGACUGGUCUGAUGGUCUUCGCUCGGUCGGAUGUCGCUGACCAAGUCUCGUCCAUUGAUACCGCCCGUGUAGGAUUUGGCUUCCAAGACAUGGGCAACAAGGGUGCCGUGGGGGCGCGCAUUGCCUACAGAGGCGCAGCAGGAGCCGGGAAUCCUUUGGACCUCACUUUCGCUGCUGCGCACCUCGCCCCCAUGGAGUAUGCUGUCGAGCGUAGGAACGCAGACUGGCGCAGCUUGGUCGAGAGAUUGGUCUUCAGCUACUCACCUGCCGCAGGUGGGGAAGUCCCCGACACAGCCAACGCGGAGGAAAAUGCGCCCCUGCUGCGGCAAUCCCAGGAAGGCCAUCGGGGCAUCUACACGCCUACAAGCUACCUCUUCCUAGCGGGUGAUCUUAAUUACCGUACCUCCAACGUGUCGCCACGACCAGACGACCAUAGCCGAUUCCCGCGAGCGGAUGUAGACCCUUCUGACCCUCAGCACUACUCACAUCUCUUGAAACAAGAUCAGCUGUCCCGCGAGAUGGAACAGUCUCGGUGUUUCCACGGACUCUCCGAAGCCCCGAUCACAUUCCCCCCAACAUACAAGUAUACGUUGGCAGCACGCCAGGCAGCAAGUGAUCCAACGGCAGGUAAUGCACGCCCAGAUUGGAAGUGGACGAGGACCCGCUGGCCCAGUUGGUGCGACCGUGUGUUGUAUCUGGAUUCUCCACCGGGCAUGAGCAAGCGAGGUCAGGUCAAACCUCUAAAGUAUGAUGCUCUGCCGUUAUUCCCAACCUCCGAUCAUCGCGCCGUCGCCUUGGCCGUAUCUAUCCCGGCGCAGUCCGUGCUUCCAGAAGAUACGAUGCAAAUGGGUGUCCCUUUCCCGAUCGAUCCAGAAUGGGAGACUAAACGAGAUGCCGCGCGACGGAAGGAACUUGCGGUGGGCUUUUUGGCGUACCUGGCCUUGACCUGGGAGGGAAACGGCCUGUUACUUGCAUCGGCGGUAGGACUUCUGGGGGCGUGGCUCGUGCUCCAAUCGUUCUUUAACGUUUGAAGAUGCGUUGCAGACCUGCAGCUCUGCGGAGUUUUCCUGAAACUGUGGCCCAUGUGGAUCAUCCCGAUCUCCCGUAGCAGAUGCAACGUCAAUACGAACGGGUGAUUUUCCUGGAUCUUCAUGGGCUAUUUCGGGUUUCACCAUCAAACGAUGGUAACAUUUUGACGACCGGGGAAUAAUCGUCUCCAAGGUCGUUCGGCGCAGCAUAACUCACAUCCUCGUCCAUCUGAGACGGCGGCACCGCAUUCAAGGCGACAUCGUAUUGGAUCCAUACCUGCAGUGGGACCCAGCAAGCUAUAACAUUGGAUUUGCCUCUGCACCGGGUCAGCUGACUGGGAGCCGGAUCUAGAACGGUCGGGAACAAUG